GCCGCCGGUCGCGGCGGGCGGGCGCCAUGGCGGUGCACGGGGUGCCGUGCCUGGCCUGGUGCCUCCGCCGAGUCGGGGCCAGCGGCGACUGGCUCCUGCUGGAGGCCGGCACGCAGGUGACUAUUGGCCGAGGAUUAGAUAUCACGUACCAGCUGGUGUCAAAAACCUGUCCCCUGAUGAUCUCUCGUAAGCACUGUGUCUUCCAGCAGAAUGCAGAAGGGCAGUGGACUGUCAAGGAUAACAAGAGUCUAAAUGGAGUUUGGCUUAAUAAACAGCGCCUGGAUCCAUCAAAAGUCUAUCCUAUUGCUGAAGGAGACCGUAUCGAGUUGGGAGUGCCUUUGGAAAACAGAGAGACUGCUGAAUAUGAGUAUGAAGUGAUUAAAGAUGAAUGGGAGAAAAUUAGACCCUUUUUAGCCCAGAGAAGUGACCUGGGGAAAGCUAAGAGUUCAAGACCUAAACGUAAAUUUAGUUUGGAGGAAUUGGAGACAUGUGAAUCAGAAGGCCCUUCAAACUCCAGAUGCAAAAGAGACAGAAUGUCCUGUGGCAAUGAACCUUUAGAUAAAUCAUGGGGACAGGCAGAAGAGGCCAAACGGCUAACAGAGAAGAUGGAUGUCAAGCUGCCUUCUCCCGGGCCCAGUGAGGGGGACGGUGCUCCAGUGCAUGGUAGCCCUGUGCACUCCAAAGCUGUGACUGUCCCCCAGCAGGACCAGAAAGGCUCCGGUCUUGUAGAGUCAUGGACUGGCUUGAAAAAGCUGAGGAAAUCUCUAGAAGAUACAAUGAAAUUAAAGGUUAAAGUGCAGGAGAAGCAGACUGCAGUUCUAAAUGUCAAGCAGAAGCGCAGGAAAUGUGAUCAGAAGGAGAUCCUAGUAAUGGAACAGGAGCUGCAGGAGUUGCAGAACCAACUCUGCAUGGAGCAAGAGCAUCAGCAGCAGCAGGUGGAAGAGCUGGAGAGGACAUUCUGUAAAGAGCAGCAGAAGCUAGAGGGAGAAAGAUGUCAACAAGGCGAAGAGAAUCUGAAGGAGCAGCUGGCCCAGAUCCUGCAAGAGCAUCGUGCUUUGAUGGAAGAACUGAAUCGUAAUAAAAAAGAUUUUGAGGAGAUAAUUCGAGCCAAGAAUAAAGAACUGGAAGAAACCAAGGAGGAGAAGGAAAAGGUGAGAGCCCAAAAAGAAGAGGUGUUGAAUCAGAUGAAUGAUGUGUUGGAGAAUGAGUUGCAGUGCACAAUCUGUUCUGAGCACUUUAUCGAGGCAGUGACUCUGAACUGUGCACACAGCUUCUGCUCCUACUGCAUCAAUGAGUGGACAAAACGUAAAGUGGAGUGCCCUAUCUGCAGGCAGGAGAUCAAAUCACAGACACGCUCUCUGGUGCUGGACAACUGCAUUAACAGGAUGGUAGAAAAACUGGAUGUGGAAAUGAAAGAGCAUCGCCUGAGCCUUAUCAGAGAGCGGAAAGAGAAACAGAAUGUGAUGGUGAAGCCAGCCACAGACAGUGACAACGGUGUCCCUUCUACCACCUACUCCAUCUCGUCAAUGAACAGUUGUGACAGCGAGGACUCUGAGGAGGAUUUUUCCUAUAGUGAAAGCUACUAUGUUAUCUGAACAUCGUUACUGCAGACUCAUUGCCCCUGUGCUGCCUCGAACCAGCCUAAUGGUGUUUGGUUGACUGCUGCUGGAGGAGUGGACUAGGCACCUGGAAGGACCUGUGAAGAGGCUGGAGCUGUAAACUAGCAGCAUUUGGAAGAAGGAUCUUGUUUUCCAAAUGAAUGCACAGAAGCUUGAUCUCUAAAACAAAAUUGGGUUUGUGAGAGAACAGACUGCCAUUAUGCUGUCUAAUUGAAUUACAAACCCUAAACUUCCACUUUAGCUUGUGACCUGCUCAGUGUAAUGAAAGAGUUUGUAUUGAAUCAUUGCCCUUUCCUUAAUGAAUUACAUGUUUACAUCAGCAUUCCUUAUUUCAGGCAGCAGAGGGAAUGUCCCAAGCCUUUUGAGAACUUGGCCAUCCCCACCAGCAGGCAGGAGAUAGUGCCAAUGUGGGUUUUCCUCUUGAAUUUCAUAUGGCAACUAGAGUCAUCCCAGGCCUUUGGUGUUGAAGGUGAUAAAGGGUGGGAUGCAGACACUGUUGGCUGCAAGUGCAUUGUAAGCUAGCUGCUGGCCAUCAGCUUGUUCUGUUUAUGUAGCCCAUUCUCCAUUAGAUAGGGAUAGAGGAGAUUAAAUCUUCCAGAAGUCUUUAGCUAGUGUUCUUUUCAUUUAGUGUCUUUGGUUUGUUCCCUCUUCAGGCUUUUGCAUAAAGGAUUUUAGAACUGGGAAGCAGCACAUCCAGAAAUUUUUAGUAAUGACUUUAUAAACAUAUAAUCAGCAGCAAGAGAGGAACCUCUGUAUCUUCAGGUGUGCUGUUCUCCAAAUUAAUGAAAUGUCCUGUUGGCAGGGUAGGAAAGCAGCAUCCAUAGACAACCAUAAGAUACAGAAUGAAGCACUUCUUUUUAUUGUUUACAAGACAUAACUGUUGAGUAGUGGGUUGUACUACUCUCAUACCAAAUCACUCAUUCAUAAGAGAUUGAUCAAGUCUUGCCUCAUCCUAUCAUGUAUUUGUCUAUUGAAUUCCAUUUUCUAGUGACUUAUGCUUUUGACUUAGCUGUUACAUGGAAAGGACUCUUACACUGUGAGAACAGGAUGGGGAAGCCCUUCUCAUCUGUAAUAUUUCUUUGGCUCUUUGUAUAUACCUUUUUGGUUCUAUGUUUAUUUUGUUUAAGAACAAAAAUAUAAAUCCAUUUCUGCAUUAGUCUUAUUUGGUGCAGCCACUGAGAUGUCUUCUAGUUGUCUUAGGCUUUUUUUAGAAAACAGACUAUGUAAUUUAAAUACUUUGCUUCAUGUUUUGAUUGCUGUAUGCAGUGUGACUAUUGUAAAGUUAAUUGAAAGACAUUUGUAUUCAGGAACUGAUCAAAGACAGCGCAAUCCUGUGACUACCCUAAUGCUAAUUUAAUAGCUACAAUCAUGCCUCUUACCUGCUUCCCCCAAGAAAGAUCCCAUUUAAAAGGUGCAUGAAUGAUGUCCUAAGGGAGUAGUGCUGACAAAUUUGGUCAGUAGGAUUCAAACAGGGGAGGCCCGAUCUGUGGGCCAGGCAGCUUGCUUAAAACUUUACUGUAAGGUUUCUUUUGUGAAGGAGACAUUACAUCUUCUGUAUUCUUCUUUCUCUUUUAAUGUUCAUUUUCUGUAUGUGCUCUUGAGAGUUUCUUUUGUGAAUAGAUGCUUUCUAGAAUGAGCAAGAGAAGAGCAUUCCUCAAUAUGCUCAUGAAACAGGCUGAUGUGGAACAGGCAUUUCCAAUGAAGAGGAGUAGAAGGAAAUCUGGUUAUGUAGGACUGUGAAUUCUUUGACUCUGUAUCUCUUCCAUACUGCUGUGCUUUUUUUCUCAUUUCAUUUUGCAAAAUACAUAUUUAUUUUAUUA